UUCGCAUCGGUUUUGCUCAGUGCUGUAGUUUUGCAAGCUGCUAACUGGGAUUACACACGCCAUCGACUCAUCCAACUGGACUACCAAGUCCACAAGAUGACGUAAGCCCAACGCUUAUAUGAUGAGCCCCCGGGAACUGAAACUUGGCCAGCGCGUUGAGGUAACGGGUAAAAAUCUGCAGGGCACGGUUGCCUAUGUGGGACGCACUAGUUUCGCCGCCGGACUCUGGUACGGCGUGGUUCUGGACGCACCGCUGGGUAAAAACAAUGGGAGUAUCCACGGCAGCGUCUACUUCAAGUGCCCCACCAAUUGCGGUCUCUUCGUGCGUGCCCAGCAGCUGGUGAGGAUUGCCGAGUUGCCGAAGGGAGCGGAUAAUCGAAAAACCGAUGAAAUGCAGCGUGACGGGGCGAGAGCGAAACUUUCGAGGCGGAGCGGCGGGGGAAGGUCCGUGGAGGAGCAGGAUAACCCGAGGGAGCAGAUGGCCAGCACAUCUGGCAAGGCGAAGGCUACGGCUUCUACGCCGUCACCGCAGCAUAGGAACAGGAACACCCAGUCCUCUAAAGAGCCGGCACUAGCGAAGACUUCUGGAAAGUUUUUGGCGAGCCAACAGCUACCUUUACAGCUUCCAAAGAAUCCAAUGGUGACUGAAGUCAAUUCGCAAGUGGAGGACGUCGAAGAAAUAAAAACCUCUCCCAAAAGGAGUGAAGCCAAAAAGCCAUCUAAGGAUAUUAAUAGGCAGGAGUCCAAGGACUUGCCACAGCACGCAGGAAAGGAAGAUGAGGCUGGGAAGAAGAAAGAAGAGCCCCAGAGCAAGGAUGCACCGAACUCGAGGCAGGAGCCGUCUGCCAAUCCGCUCCAGACAAGCACAAUCGGCGAGUUGCCCGCACAGAAGGUCAGUGCCCAACUGACGCCGCCAAACAUGACCUGUAACCAGAGGCGAUCCACAUCCUACACCCAGUUGAGACCCACGCGGAUUAGCCAACCCAAGCCGACUACAGCACAGGCCCAGAGCUCCACGGCACAGCUCACUUUGGCCAUGCCGGUGCCCCUGGCCUUGGCUCCCAAGCGCAGCAAGACCAGCAUGAGUCCCACGAGCUCGGUGAAGCGGGCUGCGCCAGCCGCCUUUGUGGAACCGCGCUUCCUGGAGAUCCUGAGACCCCAGUUCACCCCAGGGCCAGCUCUCCGAACUCCCAGCUCGGUCGCUCCACCCUUGGAUAACCCCGAGCUCCGCCAACUAAAGGAGGAACUGCAACUUCUGAGGGUGCAGAAGAGCGAGGACAAACUAAAGCUUCUGGAGCUGGAGCGGAUGCGGAUUCACAACGAGCAGCUGAUGGAGUUCAAGUCGCAGAUCAUGACGCAACAGGUACUGCUCCAAAGGGAGCUGCAGAGAUCACGACACGAACUAAGGGAGGCCCAGGAUGUUUCCUCCAAAUUCAAGAGGGAGCUGGACGAGAUAGCUGAGAGCAUAGAGCUGCUCACCCUGGACAAGGAAAUGGCGGAGGAGCGCAUGGAGACCCUACAGAUGGAGCUGGAAAUGGCUCAGGAAAGAAACGACGAACUCAGCCUGGAUGUGGAGAUCCUCAAGGCGGAGCAGGAGGAGCAGCAGGGCCAACGCAUUGAGAAAAGUGAGAAGCACUCGGGUGUAGGAGUUGUUACCCAAUCAGCCGGCGAGUUCCUUCGGUUGGAGCAGUACAACCAACGCCUCCGGGAGACUGUGGUCCGCCUGAGGGACACUCUCGCCCAGGAGAAGCAGAUUGGCCAAAAAACGCACAAGGAACUUGAGACUAAGCACUCGGAGAUCAACGAGCUGAAAAGCAUUAAGGAAUUGCUUAGCAGAAGGGUGGACAACAUGGAGGUGCAGCUCAUGGAUCUAAAAGAGCAGGUAGAUGCUUCACUCGGAGCUGAGUCCAUGGUUACGCAGUUGGCUUCCCUCAAGCUAGAGCUGGAAGAUCGCGUCAAGCUUCUGGAAGACGAAGUCAACGAACUGGAGGCACUGGAACAAAUCCAAGAACAACUUAUUGAGAGUAACCAAGAGCUGGAAACCGAUCUGCGUGAGGAAAUCGACAAGCUGGGCGGUCAAGUGAAGAUCCUUGAGCAGCAGAAGAACGCAGCCAUGGAGAGUCUUUAUGACCGCGAUGUGACCAUCAUGAAGUUCCGGGAUUUGGUCAGGCAACUGCAGGAACAACUCCAACUCCGCGCGGACGGCACCCUGUCCAUCGAGGACUUCAGCAGUGCCAACGAGUCCCAGCAGGAGGAAGGUUCCAACCAGAGUCAGACGGACUACCAGCACAUUUUCAGUGUGAGCAAGGCUUAUGGAAGGGCGCUGGAGCAGCAGAUCAAGACUGUGGAGCUGAGAUUGCAGCGACAGCAUCUGGAGCACGUCCUGGCCUUCGUCCCCGAGCAGUUCCUUCUGCGCGGAGGGGAGCACGACGUGGUGCUGGUCAUGCUCCUACUGGAGCGGAUGAAUGAGAAACUGACCAUCGUGUGCCAGGCCAUUAACGAGAAGUUUCCCACGGCCUGCGAAUUUGGUCGCGAUGCCAUUUUCGAGGGUUACUCCGUGCAGCGCUACAUCUUCAGGUCGCAGUGCAUCUACUUGCUAAAGAGCCUCCAGUUGGUACUCCAGCAGUUUCGCCACGGGCUCAACCACUGCGCCUAUGAACUAUGCACCCAUGCGGCCAUUUAUCGGAGUGACCUGGAGGCCCAGGAGCAGCAGCUUGACGAGUUUGUACGCUUACUCAAGACUGGUCAACUAGAUGAACAUUCGAACUGCGAACCGAUUCGCCGCGUUCUUCACUAUGUCAGUGGGUUGCAUCAAAAUCUUAUGCCACCACAAACGCUCGUGGAACUCCUGGACGAGCAGCAGCUCUAUGAAGCCCUGAUCGAGGUCUAUGAAGCGGGUUUGGACGCUGUGAAUGCGAAUGCGGGGCUGAUGCACACCAUUAUACAGCUGGGUCACGAGCAGACCGCCUCCUUUAAUUGCAUGCAGCUGCUGAUGGAGCAGAGCUGUGCCCACAAACAGAAGCUCAAGAAGCUGCAGAGGAAGCUAAGUGGCAGCAAGACGGCCUCCUGGACGGGAAUGCAGUGCGCCCGGUACCAGAGAAUCCUCGAGGCCAAUGAGGCACUUGGGGCUCUUAUCCGGUUGCUGGGGUCCACUGCCCGAGAGGCCAGCAAGGACUCUAAUGGGGGAAUAGCCCACGAAAAGCUGUGGAGGAUGCUGGUGCUCAACUACAAUAAGUUUGCCCCAAGUCAGGAGGGCGAGGAGCCCAGGGAAGUGGAUGCCUACAGCCAGCGGUGCAUGCAACUCCUGGAGGAACAGUUGGACGAGCUCUUCACCCUGCUGGAGUCCACUGACGUGAACACUGAGUAUGUGCGUCAUCCAACUAGCAACACGUUGCAGGAACGGGCUGCCCAGGUGAAACGACACUACGAGGACGUGAAAAACCUUGAGCGGACCGUGGCUGAGAGGGAUAAGGAAAUCAAAAGCCUCAAGUACAUGGCGAAAAUGAAGCAGCAGGACUUCUCGGAGCUGCAGGUCCGCAAGGAAAUGGCCGAAAAGCAGCUGAGCAAGCAGUGCCACGUGCUUGCCGGCUUCGCAGAAGCGGUGGAGCAGCUGGAGCAAUCGAUCCUGGCCAAGGAGGCGGCCCUGGGACAGGCCUUGAAUAUACUAGCGGAUAAGAUAUCCAUCCUCGAGCAGGCGCAGCAGCACUGGCAGGAGCAGCAGCAGGCGGACAGUGCCUGUGCGACCAGCACCACCAUAAGUUCCAACCGGGAGAUGAACAUGCUCCACCAGGCUCUCCGCCAGGAGAGGUACAUAAGAGUCCAGUUGCAGGGCAAUGAGAUGAGGAAGACGUUCGCCGCCUUGGAACCACUGCAUGUUCCUCGAACCGAAAGCCAGGAGCUGACCAACCUGGAGAAGGACAUCCGCACGCUGAAGAACCAGUGGCUCCUGGCCCAUCUGGAAAUGGGCACUGCUGGCAGUCAGCGACGCUUGGAGAUCGAGCUGCAGGGCAGCCGCAUCCUGCGACAUAUCUUCCAGACAUAUUGCACACAGCAUCCGCAUCGGGCCAAAAACACUGAUUUCGGCCUCUUCAUCAGCGAGGAUCUGCGCAGAGCAUUCGAGCAAAAUUUCUAGUUAUACGAAUUAGUAUUCCAACUGUAUUUCAGUCGUAACAUAGGUAUAUGUGAUUCGCGGCUUAUAUAAAACAUUAAUAUAUUAAUGAUUAUUUGUACGAAACUAGAUAUUAUAUACAUGCAUAUAUGAAAACUGUACAAUUCUAUAAUUCAUUUCGUGUUAAUCGGGCAAUAAACAAAUUUACAUUACUUAGACAAAUUA